AUGGACCGAAACUACUGCCAACCCCCUCCCUGCAAGCCCCCUCCCUGCAAACCCCUGCCCUGCAAGCCCCUCCCUGCAAGCCCCCUGCCCUGCAAGCCCCCGCCCUGCAAGACCCCUCCCUGCAAGCCCCCUCCCAGCAAGCCCCUGCCCUGCAAGCCCCCUCCCUGCAAGCCCCUGUCCUGCAAGCCCCCUCCCUGCAAGCCCCUGCCCUGCAAGCCCCCUCCCUGCAAGCCCCUGUCCUGCAAGCCCCUCCCUGCAAGCCCCUGCCCUGCAAGCCCCUCCCUGCAAGCCCCCUCCCUGCAAGCCCCCUCCCUGCAAACCCCUGCCCUGCAAGCCCCUCCCUGCAAGCCCCCUGCCCUGCAAGCCCCCGCCCUGCAAGCCCCCUCCCUGCAAGUCCCUGCCCUGCAAGCCCCUCCCUUCAAGCCCCCGCCCUGCAAGCCCCCUGCCCUGCAAGCCCCUGCCCUGCAAGCCCCUCCCUUCAAGCCCCCGCCCUGCAAGCCCCUGCCCUGCAAGCCCCUGUCCUGCAAGCCCCCUGCCCUGCAAGCCCCCGCCCUGCAAGCCCCCGCCCUGCAAGCCCCCUCCCUGCAAGACCCCUCCCUGCAAGCCCCUGCCCUGCAAGCCCCUGCCCUGCAAGCCCCUGUCCUGCAAGCCCCCUGCCCUGCAAGCCCCUGUCCUGCAAGCCCCCUGCCCUGCAAGCCCCCGCCCUGCAAGCCCCCUCCCUGCAAGUCCCUGCCCUGCAAGCCCCUCCCUUCAAGCCCCCGCCCUGCAAGCCCCCUGCCCUGCAAGCCCCCUCCCUGCAAGCCCCCGCCCUGCAAGCCCCCUCCCUGCAAGACCCCUCCCUGCAAGCCCCUGCCCUGCAAGCCCCUGCCCUGCAAGCCCCUGUCCUGCAAGCCCCCUGCCCUGCAAGCCCCUGUCCUGCAAGCCCCCUGCCCUCCCCCGCCCUGCAAGCCCCCUGCCCUGCAAGCCCCCGCCCUGCAAGCCCCUCCCUGCAAGCCCCCUGCCCUGCAAGCCCCUGCCCUGCAAGCCCCCGCCCUGCAAGCCCCCUCCCUGCAAGACCCCUCCCUGCAAGCCCCUCCCUGCAAGCCCCCUCCCUGCAAGCCCCCUCCCUGCAAGCCCCUGCCCUGCAAGCCCCCUCCCUGCAAGCACCUGCCCUUGUCUCUGUUCUCCUUCUUGCCACCUCCAGCCCCUUGA